AUGAAGGUAUUCGUGGGCGUGCGGCCCGCGGAGAACGCGAGGCGGUUUGUAGGGGCGGUGCAGCGCCCGGGCUGCGCUCUGGGCGGUGCACGAGCGGGCGCCGCCCAAGCGGCGCGGAGAUCCCCAUCGCACGGGCAUCCUCGGCAAUGCACGGAGCUCGCGCACCGCAGGCGCCGCGGCGACGCCGACGCGCUGCGCGCGAGGGGCCGUUCUGCGGUGCCGUGCGCGGAGGGCGCGGCUGGGCCACGGAGCGCGAGCGGGCCGCGUUCGGUCGUCGAAGCGCCCGCGCUCGCAGUGUGGAACAACGGCAUGGCCUGCAUGCUCUUCAGCGGCCUCGCCCUGUCGCUCAUGGGCCUCACGGUCAAGCUCGCCCACGGCGUCGCCAUCCCAACGCUGCAGACGAUCGUGGCGCGCAGCGUCGUGCAAGCCGCCGUCUCGCUGCUCAUGCUCUCGCGGUCAGAGCUCAAAGGCGCCGACAAGUACCUCGGCCCGCGCGGCACCCGCCGCCUCUUGUUCUUCCGCGCCACGUCAGGCUUCGUCGGCAUCACAUCCCUCUUCACCUCCAUCACACUCCUCCCCCUCGGGGACGCGACCGCCAUCAGCCUCACGUCGCCCAUCAUCACCGCCAUGGCCGCCGCGCUCUUCCUCGGCGAGCCCUGGACUCUGCAGGUCGCCGCCGCCGGCGUCACCUCCUUUGCGGGAGUCCUCCUGAUCUCGCAGCCUGAGUUCCUCCCCUGGGUGCCCUCCGAGGCCGUCGGGCCCGCCGCGGGCCUCGGCGUCGCGCUCGGCGUCCUCGGCGCCAUCUGCCAGGGCAUGGCCCUCAUCGUGCUCCGGAGGGUUGGCAAGCGCAACGUGCCCGCGCUGGUGCCGGUCCUCCUCCUCUCGCUCGUCUGCGCGUUCUGCGGAGGGUCGAUUCUGACGUUCAACUCGCUCGUGCCGGGCUCCGUGCUCGCGGACCUCCCCGUGCUCGGCGCGUCGUGGGCCCCGGUCGCCCCCAGCGGCCUGGCGCUCCUCAGUCUGACCGGCAGCUUCGCGUUCCUCGGUCAGGUCCUCAUGAGCCGGGGGAUGCAGCUCGAGGAGGCCGGGCGCGGCAGCGCGGUGAGCUACCUGCAGGUGGUGUUCUCGCUCGUCCUCGGCGCGGCCGUCCUCGGCGAGAGAACCGGCGUGUCGUCCGCGGUGGGCACGGUGAUGAUCCUCGGGUCCGCGUUCUCGCUCGCCGCGGAGCCGAAGAAGGCGCGAGAGCGGAGUAAUUGA